AUGGAAACGGCCGUGAUCAUCUCUGAGGCCCAGCAGACCACGCUUGAGAAGCUCAAGGCGUUGAUCGGGCAUGAGCAAGUGGCUCUUAUAAUGGCGCAAGGCCCGGAAGCACUUCAUAUACGUCUCGAGGCCUCUUCGACCUUUGAGUCUCGUUGGUCGGACAGUUCCAUGACCAUUUGGCAUCUGCCAUGCCCACUCGGUAUUUUCCAAUACCGGACACUGAGUCAAGAACUCGUCCUCUAG